AUGAUCGGUGACAAUGAGGACUCUCACUCCUUAUGUGACUCACUGAAUUUACUUGAAGAAGGCUGUCGUUUGCCGGUUCGUAUGCACAGUACCAAUGAUUGGACAUUGGCGGAAUUAAUUAGUGUAAAAGAUGUAGGACCAGUUAAAUAUUAUUAUGUCCAUUAUGUUGAUUCCCCAGGAACAGGAUGCGCGACUCCAAAAAAAAUCAGCCGGCCUCCAAGCCCAACAAACACCCCCACCGAGCCAGUGAACGGCUCCGCGGCGUUCCAAGCCGCGCUUCAAAAGCGGAUCUCGAGGAAGCGAAAGGGGACCUUCCUGGACAACGAGGACUCCCAGGAAGCUACAAACCCAUCAGGAGUCCCGCAGACACCUGGUCCGCGUCCCACGGGGUCGAUGGUGACGCACCACCACGACGACGUGGUGACGCGCAUGAAGAACAUCGAAUUAAUCGAGUUGGGUCGCCACCGGAUCAGGCCCUGGUACUUCAGCCCUUAUCCUGAAGCGAUGGUCACGCUGCCCUGCAUUUAUAUUUGUGAAUUCUGUCUUAAAUACCGCAAGAGCCGGAAGUGCCUCGAGCGGCAUCUAGUCAAGUGCAAUUUAAGACACCCUCCAGGAAAUGAAAUCUACCGCAAAGGCUCAAUUUCUUUUUUUGAAAUCGACGGACGCAAGAAUAAAAACUACGCUCAGAAUUUGUGUCUUUUAGCGAAGCUUUUUCUCGAUCAUAAGACCCUAUACUACGACACCGACCCAUUCCUCUUCUACGCGAUGACCGAGUUCGACAGCAGGGGCUUCCACAUCGUCGGAUAUUUUUCUAAAGAGAAAGAGUCCACCGAGGACUACAACGUCGCUUGUAUCCUCACCCUGCCACCCUACCAGCGAAAAGGCUACGGCAAGCUCCUCAUCGAGUUUUCUUACGAGUUGUCUAAAUUUGAAGGAAAAACUGGAUCUCCAGAAAAGCCGCUGUCUGAUUUGGGGCUCCUGUCUUAUAGGAGCUACUGGACUCACACGAUUGUGGAUAUUCUUAUCAAUGUUAAGCCGCUGGUGGAGAAUGAAAAGGCACAGAUUACUAUCAAUGAAAUCUGCGAGCUCACUGCUAUUAAAAAGGAAGAUGUUAUAUCGACUUUACAGCACUUGGGGCUUAUUAAUUAUUACAAGGGGCAAUAUAUCGUUACGCUUAAUGAAAAAACAAUAAUAGACCAUGCAGAAGCAAUGGCAAAACGGUCUAUCAGAAUAGAUUCUAGAUGCUUAAAUUGGCAACCUAAAGACUGGAGUGUUCGCGCAAAAUGGUAA